GUCGCCGGAUUCCGCGAGACGCGGCUGGGUUGUGUUUUUCCCCUCCCGAUUCGGGGGUAUUUUUAAACGUUUUGCCACACAGGUGUAUUCGCUCGUCUCCUUUUUUUCCUCUCCCCGUGGCACCUCGGCGUUACGUGGCCUGCCGGGAUACACAGCGUUGUUUUAUUUAUAGAAAACCGAUCCGUUCGGCUUUGGACUAAGCGCGUCUCAAAAGUGACAUUUCCGACCGUUCAGUAGACCCCCCCCCCUCCCCGUCGCUUGCAGGUCUUCCAAUUCUCUCGGGGUAGCUCGAGACCAGCCGGGACGAUGAGCAAGAAGAAGAACAUGGCAAUCGACUUCCAGGACAACAUGAUUCUGCUCACGCGAAAGUACUUGAAGCGUAAGAUAAUGUGUCCCGAGACCAAGUUCAGGCAUCACGUCAACGAGCGGCUGCACGUGCUGGACUUGGUGAAGCGCACGGUCGAGGUAGGCGAGAGCAACUCCGUCUUGCUGGUCGGGCCCAGAGGCAGCGGCAAGACAACGCUCGUCAGUAGCGUCCUGAAGGAGUUGUCCGCUUUAAAAAGCUUCAAGGACAACGCGCUGAUAGUGAACCUUCAUGGACUGGUGCACACCGACGACCGUCUGGCGCUCAAGGAUCUCACGCGGCAGAUGCAAUUGGAAAACGCUGUUGGCGACAAGGUCUUCGGCACGUUCGCGGAAAACCUGAGCUUUCUCCUGGACUGCCUCAAGUCCGGCGACAAAAACCGCUCCAAGCCGGUCGUCUUCGUGCUCGACGAGUUCGAUCUGUUCUGCGGGCAUCACAAUCAGACGUUGUUGUACAAUUUGUUCGACGUCGCUCAGUCGGCGCAGGUGCCGAUAUGCGUGAUAGGGAUAAGCUGCAGAUUGGACGUCAUGGAGCUGCUGGAGAAGAGGGUCAAGUCGAGAUUCUCGCAUCGCCAGAUCUUUCUGUUUCCCGGCGACACGUCGUCCUCGGAGCAGCCCAUGUCCGCGUUUGACGAUCGUCUGGAGCUGUUUCGGGACCUCCUCAGCUUGCCCGACGACGAGAAUGUGAAUAAAGUCGAGCAGCAGUACGACGAUUGUACAAUAGAUCCGCAAUUCGGUUCCAUGUGGAACGAGUACAUUAAGAGUUUGACCGCCAACGUUACGAUGGUGAAUUUACUCAAGAGAAUGUACCACAUCGACGUGAGCGAGAGGAGCUUCAGGAAUUUCCUCGCGGUAGCUGUCUCGACGUUGUCGGAGAAGCAUCAGAAGCUGGAAGUGAAUGACUUCGUAGAAGCGAGCAAAAUCUUCUCGGAGGACGACAAAUUGUUGAUGCUCGAAGGAUUGUCCAUUUUAGAGAUGUGUUUGAUAAUAGCGAUGAAGCAUGAGACGGAGAUUUACGACGGCGAGCCAUUGAAUUUCGAGGCGAUAUACAAUCGCUAUAUCAAGUUCGCGAAUCAGAACUCCUCUAUACAAUCUGUCCAGAGACCGGUCAUCAUGAAAGCUUUCGAGCAUAUCAAGAACUUGGAGAUCCUGUUGCCAGUUGGAAAUACGAAUACCAAGUUCGAGAAAGAGUAUCAAUAUUACAAAUUUACAUUAACAUCGCAGCAGGUUGUUGAGGCUGUGAAAAAUUAUCCUGGUCUUCCUACAGAAGUGUCUCAGUGGGCGUCGAGCAGUAUAUAAUAACGGUAUAGGUUCAAGUAUCCGACCUAUUGUGUUCCAUAAGAUUACACACUACGCGUAACUAGUAAGUUUCCCUAUCACGUAGCGACGUAUAGAAUAAAUUUAGACAUAGGUAUUUAUAUCGCUCUAGUAGAGAAGGAAAUACAUUUGUAAUAAUGUAGGAAUCGAUAGCGUGCUAAUCUUUUAGGUGCAUUUUUAUAUGUUAAAAGUAUUAAGCAUCCUCGUACUCUCUUAAUUAUUGAUCGCCGCAGGAAUCAAGUGUUGUGUGAGAAAAUUUCAUCUAUAUGUCAUGCCCUCCAAAAGACGUGUGAUACUCUAGUCUUACAUCUCUAGAAUAUUGCCACAUUCAUACAUGUAUAUCCAGUUAAAUUUUCUAAAUUUAGUUUAGAAACGAUUUCUUGACGUAUCGAUCAUUUAGAAAUAGAGAGUCGAAAGAAAUAUCACGAAAAAUGCAGUGAGAUUGUAAAUACUUUCAACGUGCAUCAGUACAAUAUCUGAGAAGACAAAGGGAGAAUGGUAUUUUGUGAAUAUAUAUAUAUAUAUAUAUAUAAAUAUAUAUACAGUUCCCAGGAACAGUUCCUGCCAAUAUACAAACGAGAGCAUCGAAAUAGAGCGUCUGGUGUACACAUCUUCGAUAUAUGAAAGACAACGGGGAAGAUGCAUAAAUAUUUAUCGAAAUAUUUUAUUUCCUAUAAUAACAAGCGUCUUAUCGAGCGUCACGGACGAUUAGCUAGUUCACUCGACUCGAAUAUCUGUGCCAUUGGCUAAGCAUCGUGUUAAAAUUCAGUUUGUCUGUGAUCCACUUAUCGUGUCCAUUUAUCUCGGUGUCGUGUGCGCGUGCAUGUGUGUCCGCGAUCAAUAUUUGUAUGUAUGAAUGCGUAAAAAUUUAAGUACUUAUUAAGAAACGUGUGUCUCUCUCGCACGUACACAUACACACAUACACACACACACACACACACACACACAUUGUUCGAACGUAUCUGAAUACGACGAAAUUAGGAUGUGCACGUGUUUAUACAUUUGUAAUAAAUUUACACAUCUGACAAAGUA